AGUUGCUCACUCGCUCGGGCUGGGCUGUAAACACAAGCGGCAAGUGAGGGAGGAACCGGACCGAACUGAAUCCGGGCUCAUGAAAGCCACUCCGGGGUCGUCAACGUCCUUUGAAAUGCUCUUUCUUCGCUCAAGGCAAGUGUUGUGUUACGUGUGUGUGACGUUGGUCCGAGUGACGGGAUAAAGAAUACGAAGAAGUCGAGACCGAAGUGGCCGCUGAGCAAGCAACAAGUCUGCUGGAGCGCCAGCAACAGCAACCACGAUGGUCACACUGGCGGACAGCGGAGGAGACGGCGGGGGCAUCCCGGCCCUGGGCUCGGAGCUGCCGGCCAUGUUUGACGGCGUGAAGAUGGCGGCAGUGGCCACUGUCCUCUACGUCCUCAUGCGCUGCCUCAACCUCAAGAGUCCGCCGUCGCCGCCGGAAGUCAGCCACCAGGACACGACGCUCACCCGCUACCUCCUCAAGUGCUGCCCCCUGUUGACCAAAGAAUACAUUCCGCCCCUGCUGUGGGGGAAGAGCGGCCACAUCCAGACGGCUCUCUACGGCAAGGUGGGCCGUGUGAGCACCCCUACGCCCCGCGGGGUCCGCAAGCUCCUCCCCAUGCACGACGGGGCCACGGCCAGUUUCGACCUCUUUGAGGCGCUGGUCCGACACUGCACGGGAGACGACAUCACCAUGGUCAUCUGCCCCGGCUUCGGCAACCACAGCGAGCAGAACUACAUUCGCACCUUUGUGGAUCACUCCCAGCGGCGGGGCUACCGCUGCGCCGUCCUUAACCACUUGGGGGCCUUGCCCGACAUGGAGCUGACGGCGCCGCGAAUGUUCACCUACGGUUGCACGUGGGAGUUUGCGGCCAUGGUGAGCUACGUGAAGCAAGCGCUGCCCGGCACGCUGCUGGUGGUGGUGGGCUUCAGUCUGGGCGGCAACAUCGUGUGCAAGUUCCUGGGCGAGAACCCGGCCAAUCAGGAGCGAGUGCUGUGCUGCGUCAGCGUUUGUCAGGCUUACAGCGCCCUCAGAGCACAGGAAACGUUCCUGCAGUGGGACCAAUGCCGACGGCUGUACAACUUCGUUCUGGCCGAAAGGCUGAAGAAGCUGAUCUUGUCGCACAGGGAAAGCUUGCUGGGCGUGACCUCCAGCAACAUCAGCGACGCCGACCUGACCCGACUGUGCGCCGCCACGUCUCUCGCACAGAUUGACGACAGCAUCAUGAGGAAGUUCCACGGGUACAACUCCUUGGAUGAGUACUACAAGCAGGAGAGCUGCGUGCGCUACAUCCACAAGGUCACGGUGCCGCUUCUCCUAAUGAACUCGUCCGACGACCCGCUGGUGCAUCGCUCCCUGCUCGCCAUCCCGCGCACACUCUCAGAGAAGAUGCCUAACGUUAUCUUCGCUCUCACGCAACACGGCGGCCACCUGGGCUUCUUUGAAGGGGCCGGGCUGUUCCCUCAACCCCUCACGUGGAUGGACAAGGUCAUUGUGGAGUUUGCCGACGCUAUCUGCCAUUGGGAGAGAGGUCGGCUCCCCCAAAGCGCCGCAAGCCAGCCCAAUUUGAGCCAGGAGCACACGGAGAGAAAUUGGGCAUUAUUUCAGUCCGAAGGAUUAUAGUUGGACCGAGGUCUGAAAUAUUUGUCAGUCUUUCUUUGGACUGUAAGACCUCAGGUGAACUGUUGCUAUGUCUAAUUGUAUGGGAGGACGUGAGAGUAUUUUAACUAUGUCCUUACAUUGAAGCGUGUGACCUUGAUGUUGACAGAUUUAACGGCGUUUUCUCAAAAAUUACAACAACCCCGUUAAGUUGUUUUGCACUGCUUUUGAAUACCCCUAAAACUGGAUUGAGGAUAACGGUAUUCAUUGCAGGACAAAAUUUUGACUAUGCACUUUAGACUCUCGGCGCAACUAUUUUGCAUUUUUCAAUUGUUAAUGAAUUUAUUAAAGAAACUAUUUGACUUAA